CUGGUAGUGUUCGAAUUGGACGAGUAGGAGGAACGUCGAUAAUGUGGGCCUGGAUUCCCGACGUUGCAUCCUUCAUGUUCGAAUGUAGGGUAUAUACUCAACAGAUUCCAAUGCGACACUGUCCCCUCAGGUUGGUGUCAACACAAAAUCAGAAGCAAGCUUCACUGCCGAAAGUGCAUGUUGAUCCCGAUCGUUCCCUACGUGGGCGGAGAAACUACAUCGAGGGUGCAUCGAUAAUUGUUGCAGUGUGCAAACCCGACAUUCCACCAGUCGGGUAGUUAAACCCGGCUCUGAAAGAAAAAAGUUCAAAUGAGGCGAUCUCAAUCUUACUCUUUGCUUGCUCGAUCUGUUCGUAUGGGCAUGUAGGACCCUACAGACACAGGAAUCCCUCAGAUGUCGAGAUGAUUUGGCAAACGUCAAAGGUCAGAAGAGGCACUUUGCAAUAUUGGUCGUCUCGCGGAGAACGAUUUUGGGGUAGAAGACUACAACUGAAUGCUCUCAUGGCUUGGAGACACUGCCCGAUAAGGUGUCCGAACUUCCUUGACCGUGCCUUGGUGGUGUUUCAUGGAAGCUUUCCACGCAUUUCUAAUGCCAGAUGCUCUCAGCUUGCCGUCUACUGAGGUUCUCUACUAUUUCAUGCGAAGCACCGAGGAGAGUAGCGAGGCGGAAGAAACUGUACAACUUAGAUACAGCAUAGAUUUCAACACACGAUGCUUGGACAACACUGUUAGACCCGUGUAGAAACGAAUCGAGGGAUGGAUUGAUACAUAACAAGCGCACUGAUAUAGUCCAUGUAAGCUUCAGGGAAGUGGAUAUGUAUGAAAAAGGGUAGGGUAUGAAUGAUAGAUAAUUCCCAACAUAUACUAAGGAAGGGGAACUCGCAAGAAUGAGAAUCCCAUCGAUUCUGACUCUUGAAGCGUAUUUCGAAUACUUCAGUUCAGGACUGCAGAAAAGGGUACACAUUUUUAAAAUAUCCAAAAAUUUCAUGAAACUGUUUCAGCGAAACAGAAGAGAAAAUCUAUCGCGAAGUAAACAAACGAAAAGAAAUCUCCACAACCGACUCGUGAAACAAAUGCAUCUCUGGAAGAAUGUGAAAGUGCACAAAUGGUGAUAACCUGCGACAUUCAUUCAAGUCACGGCCGAG